AUGAUCCUUGAGAAACCCUAUAGAGCCAUAUAUACGUUGUCUUUAUAAAGAGACAUAACUCAUCUCUUCUUGACUAACUUUAUAGUUAAAGUUAUCAAUUAUUCGAAAACAAAGCUGGUUUUUUGUUUUGUCCCUUAAACCAGCAUGAUCAAGAACUUAAGUAAUAUGAAGAAUGACAAUCAGAAACGUGAAAAAUGUUGCGAGUACAUCGAAGCUCUCGAAGAAGAACGUCGCAAGAUCAAUGUUUUCCAACGCGAGCUUCCUCUUUGCGUAGAGCUCGUGACUCAAGCGAUUGAGGCGUAUAAGAGGGAGAUAUCAGGGACGUCGACGGAUAACUUAUACGGACAGUCGGAGUGCUCAGAGCAGACCACCGGAGAAUGUGGGCGCAUCUUGGAUCUGUUCAUACCAAUCAAACACUCUUCGACCUCCAUAGAAGAAGAGGUUGAUGACAAAGAUGAUGAUGAUGAAGAACACCAGUCUCAUGAAACCGACAUAGAUUUUGAUGACAAGAACAUGAAAUCUGAAUGGCUCAAGUCUGUUCAGCUCUGGAACCAAUCCGACGCAGUUGUUUCUAAUAAUAGACAGGAUCGCUCACAAGAAAAGACAGAGACGCUGGUAGAGUUGAUAAAAAUAAACGAUGAAGCAGCGAAGAAAAACAACAACAUAAAAUCACCGGUGACUACUAGCGAUGGUGGCAGUGGCGGUGGCGGUGGCAGAAGAGGGCAGAGAAAGAAUAGGCGGUGUUGGUCGCAAGAGUUACACAGACGCUUCUUGAACGCUCUUAAACAACUUGGUGGCCCUCAUGUAGCUACGCCGAAACAGAUAAGAGAUAUAAUGAAGGUUGAUGGGUUAACAAAUGAUGAAGUCAAAAGUCAUUUACAGGUUAGUAAAUCAUAUUCCAUGAAAAAUACAUGUAACUAAUAUGUAAAAGGUAUAUAUUAAUUUCAUCAUUUUAGUUACAAAUGUUUUUAUAAUUUAGAAGGAAAAUAAUAUUUAUUGUUUCAUAUUUUUUUUAAUGAUAAAUAGAAAUAUAGGCUGCAUGCAAGACGGCCAAGCCAAACAACACCGAACAACAGAAACUCUCAAACGCAACAUUUCGUGGUGGUUGGUGGAAUAUGGGUCCCACAGACUAACCAUUCAACGGCCAACGCAGUCAACGCCGUCGCAUCGGGUGAGACCACCGGGAUUUAUGGGCCUAUGGUCAGUUCGUUGCCGUCCGAGUGGCCGAGGCAUUCCAAUUUUGGUAGGAAGAUUUCGGAAGAUAGAUCAAGAUGCUCUAACAACGGAUUUUUUCGGUGUAGCUCACCAGCUAUGUCUUGUUCUACUCGUACAAAGACGAAAGAUGCAAAAAUAAUAUCAUAAAUUUAAUUUUUGAUUAUUUAUUAAGAGAAAAAAGUUAUAGACAUUAAUAUUGUGAAGAGUGUAUAUAUAUAGAUGUUGGAGCGUGACUCUAUGUUAUUUUUAGUUUCUUGGUUUUUUUCUAUUAGCCGAUGAUAUCUUUGAUCAAAGAUCCAUAUUAGCUAAUGCAUACUAUAUUUUUUUACGUCGUGCAAUAUGCAUAUCGAUGAUAAUAAGUUAAUAACACAAAAUUAUUAGAUUACUAGUUGAAGAAUCGUAUAUAGAAAGAAUCGUAAUUAUAUGUAGAAUGAUG